UGCAGACUCUUGGAAUGCAGGCCAACCUCGGAUUAGUGUUUGAAAGUUUAUAAAGCAGAUGUAUUAGAUGAAGAAAAAUGAAAGAAAGCAGGAAACGCAAAAAAUCUAGACGAGAUAGCUCCUCGUCUUCCUCAUCGAGCUCUAACGAUAGUGGCAGUUCUAGUAGUACCAGCUCUAGCAGUAGCUCCAGCCAAAGCAGCACAGAACGUAAACGCAGAAGAAAGCUGCAAAAGAAGAAACUGGCGAAGCAACAGAAAAAAGAAGACAAAGCCAAAAAGAAAGCCCUACGAAGAGAGAAAAAAGCUAAACGGAAACAGGAAAAGUUGGAAAGCAAGUUAGCAAAACGGCAACUCAAGGAGCAGAGAAAAAAGCUAGCCCGGUCGCAGGAGCAGCAUAAUGCUGUCGGUGCCCCAAGCUCGGUGCCACCCGUUGAGGAAAAGGACGAAAGUCUGCUUGAUUGUGGGGUUCCGCUCGAUCUAAUGAACCGCAAAGCAAGGGCACCGGAAACACGGGAAGAGUACGAGGCGCGUCAGUCGAUCAUACGACGGGUUGUCGAUCCGGAAACGGGCCGUACGAGAUUGAUUAAAGGCGACGGGGAAAUUAUCGAAGAGUGCGUUACCCGUGAACGGCACAAGGAUAUCAACCGGCAAGCCACGGCAGGCGAUGGUGCAGAAUUUCAACGAAAGACAGUCGGAUGGAACGUUCGAUAGAAAUCAACAAAACUACGGGUCCGGGAAGA